AUGGCCUCGUUCAGUGUAACUUCCUUCGACACCAGUGUCCGGAACGUGGUCUCGUCAACGCGAAAAAUUCUCUGUGAUGGGUUGCCGAUUGCAACACAGGUCGAUCCGAAAGUGUUCCUCCUUGGCAAAAAUCAUGCUCCAGGCAGGGAACGAGUGUACUAG